AUGUCGUGGUUCCAAAAAACUUUCACCCUCCCCCCGCACUCCCGCGGCUCCUACCUCGUCACCGACGAAGUCAUCUCCCAACUCCCUGAGCUCCGCGACUACAAAGUCGGCCUGCUGAACCUGUUCGUGCAGCACACGAGCUGCGCGCUGUCACUGAACGAGAACUGGGACGAUGACGUGCGCGCUGAUAUGACUGAUGCGCUGGAGCGGGUUGCGCCUUAUGAUCGCAAGGGGAACCUUUAUCGGCAUAGUGCUGAGGGGGAGGACGAUAUGCCUGCGCAUAUCAAGUCCUCUCUUAUUGGUGCUAGUGUGUCUAUCCCGAUCUCGAAUGGUCGUCUUGCGACGGGUACUUGGCAGGGGAUUUGGUAUCUUGAGUUCCGGGCUUCGCGGCACUCGCGCAAGGUGGUUGCUACGAUCCAGGGAGAGAAAGCUUGA